CAGUCGCAAUCUUCAAGUCGCCGUUCGCCGACGAUCAGUUUGAGUUUGUCCGUGGAAGCCGCCAGUACGGUGUUCGGUGUUCGGUUUAGCUUUUUUAGUUCCUAGUGAUAUAUAUUGCUAUAUGGGUACUGCUAUUUGCUGCUACUGUUAGUGAUAUUUUGCUUUGGUAUUACUACAAUUUCUGGUGUGAAACGUGCGUCCAGCUCGGUUCGUGUGUGCCCCGUCGUUCGUUGUCGGUCUCUGAAAGCGAAAACUGGCGCUCAAGUUCAGUCAGCGAUUUGUCGAUUUCUAUGCAAAUCAUUACUCGGAAAAGAAACAUAUAUAACCCAGAGACGACAGAGUCACAGAGUCAGUCAGAGCCGCCGCCAUAAAGACAGUCAGAAAAAAGAGCGUGCUAUUUUUAUUUUGCUAAAUGUCGACUGGAGGCUCACGUCGCCGGAGCAGAGCCAAAGUCUCCGUUUCAACUGGCAAGAGACUGUAACCCGAGUCGCCCGCCGUUCGCGAAAAAAAAGCGCUGGAACAAAAAAAAAAAAAACAAAAAAAAACAAAAACUAAAACAGACAAACAGAAACAGAUUGUAUCUGUAUCUAUAGUCGCGACUUGCGGCUCGUUUUGUGUGCGCACAUUCGUGUAUCUGUAUCUGCGGCCGAGCGCAAAAAAAAAAAAGAAAGAAAAUCAAAAAGAAAAAAGUAAUCAUAAACUGGAAGGGAAAGAAAAACAAAUAAAUAAAUAUAAAGAGUGCCGCUCCCCAGCCUCCGAGGAGUACUUAAUACUGAUACUGGGCAUAGAUAGAUAGUGCCCUGUCGAAUCAGCUGAGUCGUCGGCUUUUGGCGGUAGCUAUGUGACUGGCUAUCGAUCCAUCCAGAGAGAGAUUUGGUUUACGAGAAGGAAGUAGUAGCCCAGCUAAGUGAGAAUCCAUCAAAGUACAUUUGCUUGGGAGCCAUGGACUAUCUUUGCAUAUUGAAUGCCUUCGAGCAGAAUUACUAUAACCGCAUCAAGGAAAUCGAACGAAUGGCCGCCGCUGCCGCUGCAGCAGCAGCUGCUGCAUCUCCUGCCUCGUCCGCUUCAUCGACGGCCUCCACAUCAUCUGCAUCCUGCUCGAGUGGACCCUCAACAUCCUCCUCCGCCUCAUCCACAGCAAGUUCGCCCAGUUCGUCGGCCCAGGUAGCCGCUGCUCAUGCGGCCACUCAAAGACUGCCCGCUUAUCAAGCCCUCGGACCAGGAUCCCAGAGCCAGGGGGCCAUGUUAUAUCAUCCUCCGUCGCAACACCUUCAUCAUAAUCACCACCUCCAACGCCAGCAGCUGGAGCAGCUGCAAUCGUUGCAAGCGGAAUCUGGCAAUCAGCAGCAGCCGCAGCAGCCGCAUCCUCAGACAUCCGCGGGUCCCAUUGCCUCCUCCAUGGCCAAUAGCCUGAUAUGGCAGCCAUGGCUAGAUCUCCAGCAGGCGGCUGCCAUGCAUCAUCAGCUCUACAUGCAGAAGCAGCAGCAGUUGCACAAAGAGAUGCGUGUGACGUCCAAGGAGCUGCCCACCACCAAAUGGCGACGCGAGAGACGUCAGCGGACCGCUGAGUAUCAGGUCCAUGAGGCCGGGAGCAGCGAUAGGGAACGGGAACGAGAGGAUCGGGACAUGGACAGUCCCAUUGACAUGUCGGUGACAACGGGAGCUUUGAAGCAGAGAUCCUCACCACCGCCGCCCUAUCGUGAACCCUUGCCUGGGACCAACUACGCGGCCAACAGCCGACCCAGCGUCAUUACCCAGGCUCCACCCAAGCGGGAAGUUCCAGAGCAGGCCCACUCCUCAGACAUGGCGAUGUGCGACAUUGACGAGCACUUCCGGCGCUCGCUGGGCGAGAACUAUGCGGCCCUGAUUGCUAAGAAGUCGCCGACGCCUACGCCCACGCCCUCGCCUUGUGGUACACCCAAGCAGCAGGUAUCGCCUCUGGCCUACGGACCGCCUUCAUCAACCAGCACAGUAGCCUCGCAACUUUACCAGCAGCAUCGCUCGCCGUUGGCCAAGCCGGGCUUGGUCAUUAUGGAGCCUGAAUCGCCGCAGCCGGAACUGCCUCCGCCGCAGGAGGAACCACUGCCGCUUUCGCUUGCACUUCAUCGCACGCAAACGCCACCAUCACCGCCACCCUCGGCCACGGGAUUGGCACCAGCGCUACCCACGGCCGUUAGCCAGGUGAUGGAGGCAGCGGUGGCCGCCAAGCGAAUCCUGGACGCUCCCCAUCACACGCCGCCCAGAUACAACACUCCACCGCCACCGCCGCCAGCUUAUGGAACAGCCGGAACCACCGUGGUGACGACGCCGACUUUGACACCGACUCCAACUCCGAAUCCGACGCCUUCGCAGAUUCCCACGCCUACACCCAGCAUGCCGGCCAUCAUUCGGGUGAAGGCUGAACCAGGAUUGGCGGCUGCAGCCGCCUCCUCGACACAGACGCCGCCCGCUUCGCCCACCUCGUCCACGAAUAUCUCGAUAUUCACCAAGACUGAAGCCUCGGUGGACGAUCACUUUGCCAAGGCGCUGGGCGACACCUGGAAAAAGUUGCAAGGCGGGCACAAAGAGUAAAAAAGAGAAAGAAACCAACCCACCCACCCGUACAUAUCCCGAUCCCAAUCCCCCAAAAUCAAAAAUCCAAAACCAAUCCCCCCCUUCGAUCCUCAACGAUCCAACUCAAGAGCUGUUUUUAUUAUAAAUAUUUCAAACUACACAAUUAACGUUUAAAGAUCUCAUGCUGAUGUGAACGAAAAUUCUUCAACUGCGAGUGUAUUACAAGUUUCUGAUAUAAUGAUUUUAUUGAAUAUUGAUAACGGUUAGCGCGGAUAUAUAUGAUAUAUGAUAUAUGAUAUAUAUGGAUAAAUGUGUAUGGCAAAGUGUAUACGUACAAGUGACAAAAUUUUGUAUUCUUAAUGCUUAGUUGGUAGAGACUAAUCCUUAAUAAUAUACCUAUUAAAUAUAAGUGAACAAUCCUA